GGAGGUAGUCGUGGAGGAGUAGAUGAUGAGGAGUUCAGAGAUAGCAACGGAAGGAGCAUUAGUAAACCCAAAAAGAAAAAGAAGAAGAAGAAAAAGGACACCAACUACAUCAAGCGUUCUGAAGAUGAUGAAGUAGAAGAUGAAGAUGAUGAAUCAGAAGGUGAGAUAGGAGAAGAUAGGAAAAAGAAAAGUACUAGAAGUAGAUCGAGGUCAAGGUCGAAGAUCAAAGACUCUUCAUCUACAUCUUCGAGCGAGGACAGUAUAAUUGUUGAUGGCGACCACAGUGUUGAUUCUUCGUCGUCCAGUUUCACUUCCAGCAAAAAGAAGAAGAAAAGCAAGAAGAAAUCCUCGAAGUCCAGCGCUCGAGGUAGGAGCGUUUCAUUCUCUCCAGGCAAGAGGAGGCAAAGCAGAAAAGAUGACAAGAAAAAGAAGAGGAAAAAGUCCUCUCGUGCUCGUUCUUCGAAAGAGCAGGAGUCUUCGAGUACGAGCAGUAGCGGAGACGAUGAAGACAAGAAAGGGGCAAAGUCUAUGUCCAAGGGAGCACUUGUAAGCAAGAGUCAAAUACAGGCUGCUGCUGGUGCUACAGGUGCUUCUUCAUCAGAAGCGAGUCCAGCAGUUCCAGUUGCAACUUCAAGUACUACAGAGGUUGUAAUAGAUAAGGUACUAGAACCUCCACCAGCAUCAGUUGUACCACAGACCAUCCGCCUAGAAGAUAUCAUGUUGAAUGCAGUGGUUGCACGCCAAGCCCUAGCCGAAGGCCGCC